AGGAGCUGCCGAUACGAAGGCCUGGGUGGGGAGAAAUCUCAAGCCACCUGUGACUGUGUGACAUCAAGAUCAAGAUCAAGACUAUAAACAAAACGGGGAGCGGGAGCCGCGAGGUGACCAUCAGCAUCAAGGGAGCCAUGAGUCAGCUGAGUGAGAGUCAGCGGCUCAGAGCUGAACAGAACCGAUUGAAGGCACUGCAGAUAAGACAGCAGAAAAUGGCAGCCUUGGAGGGAUCUAAUAAGUCUCAAGGUGCCCCACAGACUGCUGCAGACCCAUCACAGCUUUCAAAAGGACCUCCACAGAUUACUGCAACAGCUCCAAAGACUAUUGCAGUGUCCCUUCCAGCUUGUGGAGGAGCAACAAAGUUUUACCCCAAACAGGGCAGCUCUGUAUCAGGAACUAGUAACUUAACCACAGGGGGAACCAUAAGUAAUGUUCAUGGUACCUCCCAGGCCACACUCAGGGCACAUGAGUCUGCAGCAGCCACUACUAGGAUUGAGGCAGGAACAAAAACUCAGGAUACAAGCCCUUCCAGCCUUCCUCCCAAUGUAAAGAGACAAAUAGAGGAGAAGAAGAGAAAGGCACAAGAGUUACGGGAGUACCUCAAGAAGAUGAGAGGAGAGAAAGGUGCAUGCGUUCCCCCUAUCCCUUCAGCCUCCACUAACACCCCACCUGCCAGAAACCACCUCCAGACCACCACCCAAGUCUCUUCAGCAUCCAUGGGCACCCCAGCAGCCAGAAACUCUCUCCAGACCAGUAGUCAGGAGUGCCAACCCUCCACUAGUGUGCCUAAGAGUACAACACAGCCUUCAGCCCCAAAACCAUCAAGAAUUGUGACGGUAUCCUUUGAGUUGAGCUCUGCCACAACCUUUCGGGCCACCACUACGGAGUACCAUGCGACCACCAUCCAGAUAUUCAAAACGGUGCCUUCACGUGUCUAUGACUGUAACAUUCGCACCUGGAGCUUCAACAUCAAGGACCACAAAAGUCUGGUCGCUUCCUUGCGCCCACUGCACCCUGAGGUUGUGGUGGUGCCUCUGCCUGAUUUUGUGCUAAAGGCAUUAGAGGCAUCUGCAAAGAAGGUGCCAGCAGACUGCAUUGACCUCAUGGGGCUGGAUGCAAGGCUGUUGGAUGCACUCAUGCCCUUCCAGGCCGAGGGUGUUAAGUUUGGCAUCAGUCUCGGCGGGCGGGUGAUGCUGGCGGAUGAGAUGGGCCUCGGCAAGACCAUUCAAGCACUGGCCAUCGCCUGUCACUACCAGCCCGAUUGGCCAGUACUGGUGGUGACGCCCUCCUCCAUGCGGUACUCGUGGGAGGAGAGCAUCCUUAGGUGGGUCAGCUUCCUCGGUCACCAGGACAUAUGUGUGAUGACUCCAGGGAACAAUAACUACGAGGAAGCUCAGGUGGUGGUGGUGAGCUAUGACCUGCUCUCCCGCAAGGCAGACACUCUCCGCCACCACAACUUUGGCAUUGCAAUCUUUGAUGAAUCUCACAUGAUCAAGAACUUUAAAUCAGCACGCUACAAGGCGGCAGCACCCAUCAUGAAGAAAGUGAAGAGACUGAUCAUGCUGAGUGGCACCCCAGCCCUUUCCAGACCCAUGGAGCUGUACACACAGAUCAGCAGCAUCAACCCUUCUCUCUUUCCCUAUUUCAAGGAGUAUGGUUUGCGCUACUGUGAAGGAAAACAGGACCCUUGGGGCUGGUCGUUCAAAGGCAGUAGCAACACAGAGGAACUCCAGAUAGUCCUGCGCUCCUGUGUUUGGAUAAGAAGGCUCAAAACUGAAGUCCUCUCUCAGCUUCCUUCAAAACAAAGAAUGACUGUAAUUCUGAAUGCUGAGUUGGUCAAGAUUAAUAAGAGAAACCCCAAUAACCUGUCUGUUAAAAGCUUGUCAUCACUACAAGAGAUUGAUCACUUCCAGCUCUUUACCAGGACAGCUGACGCAAAGAUUGCAGCAGUGAAAGAGUACAUAAAGGAAGUGUUGGAGUCAGGCAGAAAGUUCCUUGUGUUUGGUCACCACAGGUCGAUGUUAGACAGUCUCAGUACCCUGUGCCAGGAGACCAAGACCAACUACAUCCGGAUUGAUGGAAGGACAUCAUCAGAGGAGAGGAUGGCCAAUGUCACAAAAUUCCAGAACAGAGAUGAUGUACAGGUGGCAGUCUUGUCCAUCACCGCAGCCAAUACUGGUAUUACCCUCACUGCUGCCCAGCUUGUCAUAUUUGCAGAGCUUUACUGGAACCCUGGGAUCCUAGUGCAGGCGGAGGACAGGGUACACCGCAUAGGUCAGAAGGACAGUGUGGUGGUGCAAUACUUGGUGGCCAGGAACACAGCCGACGACCACAUCUGGCCGCUGAUACAGGACAAACUGGAAGUGCUCGGCAAAGUGGGGCUGUCUGAUGACAAGCUUGACAUGGCAGAGAUGUCCUAUCAGAAGGGUGCUGGCACAAAAGACAUCCGAGACUACAUGGAAUGGAAUGAAGACAGUAAUGACAGUAAAAACGAAUCUCCAAAGAAGCAUCCUGGAAGUAAAUCAGACAUCAGGAGUUUCAUGAAGCCACAGAACUAGAAGUGUGUAUAAAGUGAUGCCAAUGUUAGUGCCUUCAUGGGGGUUACCUGCCAACAAGGCAUGCUGCAUGUACAUGUUGAACCAAUUAUUUUUGUAUAAUUAUUAAGUUUAAGGAGGUCAUCUAUUACAUAGAUACGUACUACUUUUCAUUUUGAUUGGAUAAAUUACUCAGUUAUUAGAACCAUAAUUUUGGGGGUCAUCUAAGUGAGAUCAGCCUUUACACAGUAUAUAUCAGGGCUGCUUAACUGUUGUGAGCAAAGACCCAGUUAGACCACUUCAGAUGUAUGCAGAUGUUCAGAUGAAUAUUGUAGCUGGAGCCCAGGCUCCAGGAGUAGAGAAAUAUAAUUCUUACAAGUGUAUUUCCUCGACUGACUGUAGGGCCUACAGUCAGUCAAGGAAAUAUGCUUGCAAGAAUCCAUUGCCAAGACUUGCAUGUUAUUUGAUUAUACUUUUCUACUCCUGGAGUCUGGGGUCCAGCUACAACACUCAGAAGGUCCGGAUUUGAAGUGCAAGCCACCAGUUGAGUAGGCCUGGUAUAUAUGACAAUAAAGAUUGGAAGCUGUGAGCGUAUGUUCAGUUUGCGGCAUUUAUAUCAUAAAAUAUCUUUGUUUAUUGUCAAAACUCUAAGGAUUUUUGGAACUUGUAAUGUGGAGGCUCUAAACAGCAGCUGUGAUUAUUUAAAACCUAAAUUGGCUUGGGUAGUGCUGCAAGGAGAGGCAGCAGUAAUUUUUCUCCAGGGCCUGGUUGUGGUGACUCCCUAGGAAGGUUGGUGACUGGUUCAAAUGUGUCUUUUGUAGGACAUCCAGUACCAGCUCAAACUUACAAUUUGACAGGGUCCAUCAACUCCUUGAGAAAAAUAUUGUGUCAUAGUAGUACAGUAAAACCCCAGCUAUCCAGCAACCACAGGUAUCCAGAGGUACUGGAUGAGCAGAAUUUCAGAUAUUUGGGUUACAGUAAAAGUCCAAUAAUUUAAAUGGCAGUGGACCAAAGGUCAUUCAGACCCUGGAAUUGUUUGGAUUAUUGGGAUGGACCCCUGAAAACAUGGAAUAUAUUUACAUAAUCAGAAUGAAAAUACAUGACAUCUUUUGACCAUUAAUGUGUAAAAGUGAUGAACAGCAGUUUUAGGAAGCUUCAUCCAUAUAAAGAGCAUUUCCAGAGGUAAUAGAGGUACAAAAAAAUAAAUCAGGUUCAUAAAAACAGCCAGCAACAAGAUGGUUGUCAUUGGUAAGGCAAACCCCUCGGACAGUCAUGGAGUCAAGUCGAGGCUGCCAGAGUCUGUAUUUUUACUUAAUCUAUUCACUUUUCA